AUGGAACUCCCUUGGCUCUGCGUGGGAGACUUUAACGAGAUUGUCAGAAACGAAGAAAAAAUGGGCGGGCCAUUACGACGAGAGAGACAAAUGAUGGAAUUCAGAGAAGCCCUUGAUUAUUGUAGUUUUCGGGACCUGGGAUUCGUGGGUGCACCCUUUACCUGGUGCAACAAUCAGUAUGACGGAACGGUCACGUGGAUCCGUUUGGACAGAGCAAUUGCUACUAAUACUUGGAUUCAAUUCUUCCCAUCAACCCGUGUACACCAUAUCUCAGGUUCACUUUCAGAUCACUGUCCGUUAUGGAUUUGCACUGAUGAUGAGAAUAUUCGAUUUUACAGGAAAAGAAGACCAUUUAGAUUCGAGGCAGCGUGGAUGAAGGAUGAAGGUUAUGAAGGUGUAAUAAGAAAUUCAUGGGAGGGACAAUCCUUGUCCAACCCGAUGGAAAGAGUGGUCAAUAAGAUUAACAGGUGUAGCCAAUCACUUCAAACGUGGAGUAAACAUUCUUUUGGAAACAUUCGCCGUUCGCUGCACCAAAAGAAGAAACUACUAGUGCAGGUUGAGAAACAGUCCAUGGGUGGAUCAAAUCACGACCAAGUAAGACUUUUGAAAGCUGAAGUUCAUGAUUUGAUGGUGAAGGAAGAGUGCUUGUGGCAACAGCGAGCAAGGGUGGAGUGGCUGAAAGCAGGUGAUCUCAAUACCAGCUAUUUCCAUAGCCGGGCAAAUCAACGUAACAGAAGGAAUUUUAUUUCCAAGCUGGUCCUUGACAGUGGUGAAAUACUAGAGGACGAACAAAAAAUUUGA